UCUUUUCCUCCUCCUCCUCCUCCUCCAUACAGUCUACUGACAACACUAGCGGAGCACACCAUCACAUCCAAGCGGGUUUUUUUCGCUCUCUUGGGUGCACGAGGACUUGAUUAGGUGGAUUAUUUUUCAAGAGUUUUGGACUGCGACUCUUUCAAGAGACUUUGAAGGUGUUACCGGCUUCUGUCUGUGACAAGAUGGAAUCAGCACCUCUGGGAACAUCAUAAAGACAGACAGACAGGACAACAUACUACAUACAGUGGCAGAUUCCUCGGUGGCGGUGCCGGUGUCGUGCGCGGCCUUGUUUCCCAUGGACCUCAGGGUGGGAGAGCGGGGAAUGCGCCCCGGUUCGGACACGGCGCUCCUCACCCCGCUGCACCCUCCUUUACUCCUCACACCAUUCUCCCCUCAGCCCCGCUCCUUCUCCCAACAGCAACUGCACCAGCACAUCCGGUUUAACAUGGAGCAGAGGAGGCGGGAGCACGAGCACCACGAGAAACAACAGGAGCUGCAGCAGCUAAAGCACAAAGACAAGAGUCAACAGAGUGCAGUGGCCAGUUCCCUGGUGAAACAGAAACUCCAAGAGGUGAUUCUUAAAAAGCAGAAACAGGCGGCGCUGGAAAGAACAAACUCCAACACUCUGACUGCAGCUCCUGUUGCGUACAGAAAGCUGGGCCCAGACCCCAAUGCACCCUCCCAGCCUGUGGUCUCGCCUCCGUCACAGCCUUCUUCAGAGGGCUCAGAGGGGACGCCGCUGCGCAGAGCAGCAUCUGAGCCCAACCUGAAGGUGAAACACAAGCUGAAGAAACACCUGAACACCCGCAAGAGCCCGCUCACCCGCAAAGAGAGUGCCCCAGCCACUGUCAAGCACAGAGUACCUGACACACUGGACUCGUCCCCCAGCAGCAGUAGCACUCCAGUCUCUGGCUGUAGUUCUCCCAAUGACAGUCUGCCCAAUGAGAAUGGGCUACUGCCCUCAGCAGGCGGCCUCUCACAUGAGGCCCAGAGGCUCCUGCUCAGAGAUGGCACUCUCGCCAACUUCACUAUCCAGAGUCCCUCCACUCUGCCUACCAUCACACUGGGACUACCAGCCAACGCCAGGGCUGAAGGAGAGCUGUCCUCUCUGAAGGUCGGCCGGGUGCCAGUGGUUACAGCCGGGGGCUCGCCGGUCUUCCUCCCCCUGAGCAGAGAGGAUCAGGCUGGACAGAUGAACCCACAUCUGCCUGUCAUCAUCCUCGAGCCCUCUGGACUCGUACACACUCCGCUACUCACUGUUCCAGGCCUAGACCCCGUCCCACUACAGUUUGCCCCCCAGUUAGACCACCUGGCUCCCGGUGGUGCUCAUCCUCACAAACCCCUGAGCAGGACACGCUCAGAGCCCCUCCCCCAGAGCCAGCGGGCCCUUCACACACAUCUCCUCCAACAACAGCACAACACACAACUACUGGAGAGGCUCAAGCAGCAAACUCACUUGGGCAAGCUGAUGUCCAAGUCCAGUGAGAAGCCCAGACUGCAUCAGAUCCCCUCUGAGGAUAUGGACUCAGAGGACGGUGGCGGGACGUCGCCCACAGAGCCAACCUAUCAGAGCAGAGUGAGGGCGGAGUCAUUGAGGGAGGCAGAGCCAACCGCAUCCAAGAGCCAUGAAGAUCAGCUGAACCUGCAGCAUGCACUCAUACUCAACCAGUCGUUGCUAUGGGAACAGCAGAAGCAGCUGCAGCAGCUGCAUCGACAGAUGGAGACCCUGGCAGUGCCCAUGAUACGUGGCGGCGGUGGGGUUGGUAGUGGGUUAGGUGUCCAUCGCCCUCUGUCACGCACACAGUCAUCCCCAGCCUCCACCUCUCUCACUCUGCCUGAGAAACCCCUGAGCCUGGCUACACAGGACACCAGCAGCAAACCACGUUUCACCACCGGCCUGGUGUAUGAUUCUCAGAUGCUGAAGCACCAGUGUACAUGUGGGGACAACAGCAGUCACCCAGAGCAUGCUGGGAGAAUACAGAGCAUCUGGUCCAGACUACAGGAGAGAGGCCUGAGGGGACAGUGUGAAACAAUUCGUGGUCGUAAAGCCACUCUGGAGGAGUUGCAGUCGGUCCAUACUGAGCGCCAUGUGUUGCUCUACGGCACCAACCCACUCAACAGACUCAAACUGGAUAACCGCAAACUGGCCGGAAUUCUGUCUCAAAGGAUGUUUGUGAUGUUACCAUGUGGGGGUGUAGGGGUUGACAAUGACACCAUCUGGAAUGAGUCGCACACCUCAACGGCGUCACGCAUGGCAGCCGGCAGUGUUGUCGAGCUGGCCUUCAGAGUGGCCAAAGGAGAGCUAAAGAACGGCUUUGCUGUGGUCAGGCCGCCUGGGCAUCACGCAGACCCCUCCAAUCCAAUGGGUUUCUGUUACUUCAAUUCUGUGGCCAUAGCCGCCAAGCAGCUCCAACACAAGCUCAGCGUCAGCAAGAUCCUCAUUGUUGACUGGGAUGUUCACCACGGUAAUGGCACCCAGGAAGUGUUCUACAAUGACCCUAGCAUUCUUUACAUCUCACUUCAUCGCUAUGAUGAUGGAAACUUCUUCCCUGGCAGUGGGUCUCCAGUUGAGGUUGGCAAUGGAGCAGGCAAGGGCUUUAAUGUGAAUGUGGCGUGGACGGGAGGACUGGACCCACCCAUGGGAGAUGCUGAAUAUCUGGCUGCAUUCAGGUCUGUGGUGAUGCCGAUCGCCCAAGAGUUCUCUCCGGACGUCGUUCUGGUGUCAGCUGGGUUUGAUGCUGCCGAGGGAAACCCUGCUCCUCUGGGAGGGUACAAGGUCUCUGCCAAAUGUUUCAGCUUCCUGACCCGCCAGCUGAUGUCUCUGGCAGGGGGUCGUCUGGUUCUGUCCCUCGAGGGAGGUCACGACCUUACAGCUAUCUGUGAUGCAUCUGAGGCCUGUGUCAGUGCACUCCUGGACAUACAGGACCCACUGCCAGAAGAAGUCCUGCUCCAGAAGCCCAACGCUAAUGCAGUCCGCUCCCUGCAGACCGUCAUACAGAUACAAAGUCAGUACUGGCAGAGUGUGAAGGCUUACAGUGGAUCAGUGGGUCUGUCCUACCUGGCUGCUCAGAGAAGAGACUGUGAGGAAACAGAUGCUGUCAAUGCUUUGGCCUCGCUCUCUGUGGGAGUUCUUUCCAACAAGAGCCUCCCUGACGAGCCGAUGGAGCACGACAGUGACUCCAUGUAGAAGAAUCUGACCAAUCACCUCACAGAACUCACCUUCAGGAUUUGGGCCCCACCCGUAGCCUCGGAUCUCCUGCGCUGUCACACGACCGUGAAGGGGGGGCACGUUCGUAAUGCCACUGAGCCCCACCCAUCUGCCUUAUUCACACACAUGCACAUCCACCAACACACGAUGCUGAACCUCUACAGAGCUGCAGUAUGAGCACCUCAAUGCUGGUAACCACUCAGCUGAAGCCAGCAGCACUACCUGCAGCUGGGAAACCUUCUGAAACCUCACCAAAGAGCAAUACAAGAUGAUUUUUUAAAAUACUUUUUCAUGUCUCCUGACUGACAUUGGAUUUUGUGUGUGUGUGUGUGUGUGUGUGUGUGUGUGUUCAGAGGUCCAGUGCCACAGCUCUGUGACCCCAAACCUUAUAGGAACAGACAGGAUUCAGAUGCAAAGUCCAGCUCUGAAUCCUCUUGAAGCACUAUGUACCAGCAGCUGUUUUGUUGCCUUAACUUUGCCUUAACCUAAGGACCAACAGGUUUCAGAAGGAAGAGACUUUGGAUCCUUUCUCUUCUGCCACUUUGCAGAAUGAACCUGUGACAUCAGGUGAAAACAUAAACACCUGAUGAAUGCAAAAAUAUCAACAAGAAGAAGUGGCCGCAUCAUGGAGAAAGAACAUGGAAAAUAAGACAUGGAGAUUGUCUGUUUUAAUGAUGUCAUUACAUGCAGCUUAACCACUAAAAAGAAGACAACAAAGAACUCGAGGGAAAGAGAGAAAAUGAAGACACAAAACGGACAGCUGUGUUUUGUAGAAACAAAAGAAAAGGCAAAUGUCCUUGUUGUUUUAUUGCACUGUUCAUUCCAUAAUGUGAACCAUAAGAAAUUCCAAAGCUCUGGGAUUUAAAAAAAGAAACAAUAACUCCUCUGUAGGUUAUUUAAUAGUUUUUGAAGAUCUGGAUGAAAUUGUGUUUGCUAUAUUUUUUCCCGCUCUUCAUCUGAGAUGUCUUAUUACGAAGUCUCUGACUCACUCUAAGGACAUGCAUCGGCCGAAAUACUGUAGUUGUAUUUCUUAUGAAGUUAAUCUGAAAAGUAGGCAAAGAUUUUAUGAGCAGGAUUAUUUUUCACUGCUGUUCAGUGUCUUAGAUGCACACACGUCCACAUAUACAUACCUACACACACAUGUACAAAGCAAUGAUGAACUGUCGAUGUACCACUAGUAUUGAAUACUGUAUAUUAUUGUUUAUAUUUGAGACUAAAGGAGUGUUCAUUCCACCGUGGCGCCACUGAGGACCAUUGUAUUGUUCUAUAGUAGCAAUAAUGUUAAUGCACUUAAUGGACAUCACCCAAAGAAAACUGCCUUAAGACAGCCUGUACUUGGCAAUGGGACUGUAUGGAAGCAACACAAGGGACCAGUAUGGACACUGCUCUCACAGUGACUUUACUAUUAAAAGAGACAGCGUUUGAACCUGUGGAUUUAGGUGAACAUCAUAUAUGCAGACUUUUGUAUACUGUUUAUUUUGAUGAUAAGCCUGGUUUGAAUGUUUUCUUCAUUGUCUUAAAAAACAGUUUUGGAGUUGCAGGCUUUAUCACAGUCUAAUUAAGGAAACUAAUGCAUUGUGUUUUGUUUGGAAGUGAACUUGAGUGUUUUAGUUUUUCUGUAUGAGACUUUUCUCUACAACUGUGCAUAGUAGCAGCUCUUCUUUAAUGUUACAGACAACAUAGACAAUGCCAUGUUAACUUUUGAAUGCCCUGCUAUAGGGUCAUGUAAGAGCUCAGCAUUCCAAAAGUGAAAAUAACAAGGUCAUGUUUCUUGGUUUGGAUGUUUUGGUGUCGCAAGUAACGAUUGUUAAAAUCUAUUUUGCAUUUUCCACACUUGGUUUGUGGCUUUUGCUGACCAUAGCUAUUGUUGUUGGAUUAGAACUCCAAAUAGCCAAGUCGCCAUGAUGAAAUUUGACUAAAUUUGUGGCAGUAUUUCCAUAGCUCUUAAAUUUAAGGGUGUUAAAAGAAUACUUCACCCGCAAAAUUUGUGUAUCAGUUAUUUACCGCAUGUUACGUUGAAGUUGUGAAGACAACGUAUUUCUUGCGUGCCUCUGCAGUGAACUGAGAAUCCAAAACAGGUGAACAUUCCUUAUGAAUACAAGUUAUUGGGGACCACGCAAAACUAUAUCAAGACAUCCAUUUACAAACACUUACACAACUCAUGCUGUACACUCCAAGUCUCAUUUAUCCAGUCAUGUGGUCAGUACUUCCCAAACACAUGCAUUUUCACUGAAACAUUGCAUAUAAAACACUUCCAAAAUACAAAAGCAUGUGCGUGCCCAGGCACAAUACGCGGCUGUACGUGUUUGUAAUGACGUGUUUUAAACUGUAACAAAUACUUUGUUCACCACAGAGGCAUGUGAGAAAAAACAAAACUUUCUUCACAAAUUCAAGGUAACACAGCAUGACUGAUCUAUUUACGAAGUCAUUUUGCGGGUGUAGUAUUCCUUUAAAGCCUCUAAAACUGAAUCCAGACACUAAAACUCUUCAGUGAUACUGAGACUAAUUAAAUGUAUGUUUGACUGCUUCCAUGGCUUGUUCUGAAAAGUGUUGCUUUAGAGCUUUCCUCUGAGUUUUUACAUCCAUGAUUGGAUUUUAAAGCAGCACAAUCGGAUUUUCCAACUCUUGUUGGCAAAGAUUUUUUUUUUUUGUUAAGGCUUCAAUUUGGUGUUUGUGUGUAAUCCUUUUUUUUUUUUUUUUUUU